CGAUUAUCGAUUAUCACUUCGAUCUUGAUUCAAUCUCAAUUUAUAUCCAUGCCAGAACGUGGUGUCGUACUUUUUCAGCGGGCGGAGGCUCUAUAUGCUCAAGGCAAAAUCGAGGAAACGUUUGAGAUGUAUCAACGAGCAAUCAAAAAAAUACUGAAGGAUGAAGACGUUGCUGCACUCCUUCCUGCAAUAGUUCCAAAUGACACCCCUAAAGAGACUCUUGGGUUUCUUUGGAGAAAUUUUGCAGGCUUUUUCAAAGAUCCUGCCAUGAAAUUUGCCACAGAGGAACGAGCACCCGAUGCCUAUCGUCUUCUUGAUUCCUUUCGCGUCUCUUCGAAAAAGGAACAUAAACAGUUCAAGUCCCCUCGCGCUAAAGUUUUGUUGAAGGGGAUGCAGAUAAUUGCUUCCUUGACCGUCGGUAUUCUCGCUUGGGAUCUCAAGGAUCGAGCAACGGCUGCCAAGAGAUACAGAGAAGCCCUGGAUCUUGCUGCCACCCACGCUCCGUUCAACGGACCACCGUCUUCAUGUACCAAUCUGGAACGAUGGAUUGCAACAGAUGUCCAGGCCACCCGAGAGAAUCUUGCAAUGCUCACGCGGAACGACGAAAUGAAUGCGAACGUUAUAGCAGCGGAUGGUUCAUCAGCAGGCAAUUCAAGGCGAGAGGAGAUCGCAAUUCGAAACACGAGAGUUGAAGGCGACGGAACGGUGAACGUUCAAGAUUCUGUCUCGGUGGCCACGGACGCUUGCGAGAACUGUGGAAAGAGGGGUCUCGGGCUAAGGCGUUGUAGCCGAUGUACUGCUGUUAAAUAUUGUGGAACGGAAUGUCAAAAUGCUGAUUGGCCAGCCCAUAAAGCAAAUUGCAAAAGGAAGAAGACAUGACUUGACUCCUUAUCGAAGUACCCUCAAUUUUCAUCGUUGACCGUGACUACAUAGUUUUGACAUAGUUGUUGAAUACAUGUAGAAGACUCUCUAAGCUUACAGACUGCCAAGGGCUUGUAGUUAGCUGGGCGAAACUUCUACUUCUGUACUAUUGAAUAUUCCUGC